AUGGCUUGGAUUUAUCUUAUCCUCAGUGUUAUCAUAAGUGUGGCCCACGCCCAAACAGAUGCUGAAGAAAUUCCCUUUGGAAGUCCCAUCACAUUACCACCAGAGCUUCAAGCCAAAAUAAAUGAAACCGAUGUGGAAAAAUAUAAGACGCAGUACUUAGAACAGUUUAAGAAGAAAUGUGAACAAAAUGGCCAUCCUGAGAUAUAUGAGAAAGCACAAUCAGCCGCUACCGACGUCAUGGCUUGCUUCAACUCUUUGGUAGACAUGGAGGUUCUGCAGCAGGAAAUUGAAAAUGCUAAGCCCACUGGCGAAGUCGACGAAGUUUUCAAAAAAUAUUGCUCGAAGACGCCUCAGUUCAAGAACUGUUUCCGAAACAUGACCGAGAUGGUGAAGCCUUGCUUCUCAGCCGCUGAGCAGAAAAACUUCAACGUUAUGUACAACGUUACGGAACAAUUAGCCGACUUCGUAUGCUUUAAAGAGGGUGACAGAAUUGCACUGUUCAUAGCAGAAGGUGGUAAGGAAUGUUUCCAAGACCAGCAGGACGGCAUACAGGAGUGCUUCAGCACAGUGUUUGAUAACAAGACGGAGGCGAAUUUACAGAACAUCUCCGUCAGCGGCAUCAUGGAGCUUGAAUUUAAGGAGAAGCAGUGUGACCAGAUGACUAGUCUACAGAAAUGUGUAGUCAGCACUUUAGAGAAGUGCCCCAAACCCACUUCAGCCAAUAUCUUGGACUCACUCUUCAACUUCAUCAGAAAGGCAACCCCUUGCAAACAGUUCGUAAAGGCACCUGAAAAAACCCCGGCCAGAGGUCGAACCACCGAAGAGAAGAAGAACGUGCCGGGCGCUGCAUCAGGCCUAACUGUCACAGUCACAACACUGUUAACGGCUCUAAUUGUGUCGUUACUCAUCUAA